GAAGAGUGAUUGGUCUAAAGGUGGAGGAGGACCAAACUUCAGUGAGAAAACACCAUCAUCUAAGAAAAGUGUAAGAUCAGGCUCACAUGUGUCCAGCUCUGUGUCUCUGAAGAGUGAUUGCUCUAAAGGAGGAGGACCAGACUUAAGUGAGAAAACACCAUCAUCUAUAGAAAGGCUUCAAUAUGAGACAUUAGACUCAGACCUUCAGACUCACAGGAACCUUUGUUUUGAUCCCAAGAAAAAUUUCAAAGACAAUCUUCUUGGGAUCUUCCAGGAUCUUGAGAGGAAAAUAAUCACAUUUCUGAAGAAUGAGCUGGAGAAGUUAAAGAAAAUAUUACAACAUGAGAACACACAACACUUUGUGAAGGACUUUAAUGAGAACAGAUCCAGUAUCAAAUCAGCAGCUCUUGAUCUCACACUACAUUACCUGAGAGAGAUGAAGCAAGAUGAAGCUGCUGAUGCUCUAGAAGAUGAGCUGUUCCUCAUUCAUCAGCUGAAAUGUGGCCUAAAGAAGAAGUAUCAAUGUGUGUUUGAAGGAAUGGCAAAGCAAGGUGACUCCACACUCCUGAAUAACAUCUACACAGAUCUCUACAUCACUCAGGGUGGCAGUGAACAGGUCAAUACUGAACAUGAGGUGAGACAGAUUGAAGUUGCUUCCAGACGUCAUGAAGCACAAGAGGUACAGGUUGAAUGCACACAUUUGUUUGAAGCGCCUGAACAAGACAAGGGGAUCCGAACUGUACUGACAAAAGGAGUCGCUGGCAUUGGGAAAUCAGUCUCUGUGCAAAAGUUUGUUCUGGACUGGGCUGAAGGAAAAGAAAAUCAAGAUAUCAGCUUCAUAUUUCCUCUUCCAUUCAGAGAGAUGAACUUAAAGGAGAAAGAAAAACUAAGUUUGAUGGACCUUAUAACUCAGUUUUUCCCAGAGACAAAAGGACUGAACCUUACAAGAAGGAAUCAGUUCAAAGUGCUGUUCAUCCUUGAUGGACUGGACGAAUGUCGCCUUCCUCUGAAGUUUGAUUGUAAUGAGACGUGGCGUGAUGUAUCGUCACCAGCCUCUCUGGAUGUUCUCCUAACUAACCUCAUGAAGGGAAAUUUGCUUCCUUCUGCUCUCGUCUGGAUCACCAGCAGACCAGCAGCUGCCAGUAAGAUUCCUCCUGACUGUAUCGACCGGCUGACAGAGAUACGAGGAUUCAGCGACACACAGAAGCAAGAGUACUUCAAAAAAAGAUUCAAGGAUGAUAUUCAAGCCAACACAAUCAUAGAUCAUGUUAAACAAUCAAAGAGUCUCUUUAUCAUGUGCCACAUCCCAGUCUUCUGCUGGAUUUCAGCCACUGUUCUCCAGAACAUUCUGGAGGAGAAGAGAAAUAAUGAUGUGAGAAACACUCAGGCUGAUGAGAUCUCUAAAACACUGCAGGAAUCAAACACUGAAGACACUCCCAAGACUCUGACACAAAUGUACACACACUUUCUCCGCUUUCAGAUCCAGCAGAGCCGCCGAAAGUAUGAUGGAGAAUACACACUAGAUGUUUCCUGGGAUAAAGAUGCCAUCCUUUCACUGGGGAAACUGGCAUUUCAUCAUCUGAAAAGAAACAACCUGAUCUUCUAUGACACAGACCUGGAAGCCUGUGGUCUUGACGUCUAUAAGGCAUCAGUGUACUCAGGCAUGUGUACCCAGAUCUUUAAGGAGGAAACAGGGAUCGUUCUUGGUACCAUGUACUGCUUUGUUCACUUGAGCAUUCAAGAGUUUAUUGCAGCCCUUUAUGCACAUCUGUUUCUAGACAUCAACAAGACAAGUGUGUUUGAUCAUGAGUCUAUAGAACACAAAAACAGAAAUGAAACUAUGAUUGAUUUUCUCAAGACUGCAGUGGACAAGGCGCUGGAGAGUGACAAUGGACACCUGGACCUUUUCCUUCGCUUCCUCCUCGGUCUGUCACUCCAGUCCAAUCGACGACUCUUACGAGGUCUGUUGACACAGCGAGACGGCACUGAUCGGACCAAAAAGGGGAUAGUUCAGUACAUCAAGCAGAAAUUAGAAGCUAAUCUUCCUGCCGAGAGAUCCAUCAAUCUGUUCUACUGUCUGAAUGAACUGAACGACCAAACUCUGGUGAACGAGAUUCAGACCCACCUUAGCAAAGGAAGUCUCUCAUCUGGUGACCUUUCACCUGCCCAGUGGUCUGCUUUAGCCUUUGUGUUGUUGACAUCAGAGGAAGAGCUGGAGGAGUUUGAGCUUCAGAAAUUCAAGAAAUCAGACGAGUGCCUCAUUAAAUUAUCGGCAGUCAUUAAAGCCUCCAAAAGAGCCCUGUUAAAUGAUUGUAACUUAACAGACAAAAGCUGUUCAGCUCUGGCUGCAGUUCUUGGAUCAGAUACCAAUCUGAAUGAGCUGAACAUGAACAAUAAUAAUCUGCAGGAUUCAGGAGUGAAGCUGCUCUGCACUGGACUGAAGAAUGUAAAGUGUAAAUUGGAGAUACUGAGACUCUCUAACUGCAAUGUAACAGAAGAAGGUUCUAAAGCUCUGGCUUCAGCUCUGAGAUCAAACCCUUCACACCUGAUAGAGCUGGAUCUCACAGGAAAUGAUCCUGGAGAAUCAGGAGUGAAGCAGCUCAAUCAUUUACUACAGGAUCCAGACUGUCAACUGAAGAAGCUGAGGUUUUUGAGUCCUGCUGCAGAGGAAGCCUGUAAGUAUGUGAAUAGAGUUGUGGGUGUAAACCCGUUACUCCAGAGAAACCUGAAUCUGAAUGGACAUAAACUAGGAGACACACGAGUAAAUCAGAUCGCUGCUCUACUGCAGGAUAAACACUGUCAACCCAACACACUGACUCUGAGUGAUUGCAGUAUUACAGAGAAACAAAGUCUCAUCCUUACUUCAGCUCUGAAAUCAAACCUGUCACACUUGAGAAAGCUGGACCUGAGCAGGAAUAAACUAGGAGACUCAGGAGUGAAGCACUUAAGUGCCGUACUGAAGGAUUCGCACUGUAAACUGGUUAGAUUGAGGUUGAGCUGGUGUGAUAUGACAGAUGAAGGUUGUUCUGAUGUGACUUCAGCUCUGAAAUCAAACCCGUCACACCUGAGAGAGCUGGAGCUGAGCGGGAAUAAACUAGGAGACUCUGGAGUGAAAAACCUCAGUGAUCUACUGAUGAACCCACAAUUCAAGCUUGAGAAACUACAACUCUCUAACUGCAGUGUAACAGAAGAAAGUUAUAAAACUCUGGCUUCAGCUCUGACAUCAAACCCUUCACACCUGAUAGAGCUGGAUCUCACAGGAAAUGAUCCUGGAGAAUCAGGAGUGAAGCAGCUCAACGAUUUACUACAGGAUCCAGACUGUCAACUGAAGACACUGAGGUUUUUGAGUCCUGCUGCAGAGGAAGCCUGUCAGUAUGUGAAUAGAGUUAUGGGUGAAAAUCCGUUUCUGCAGAGAAAGCUGAAUCUGAGUAAACAUAAACUAGGAGACACACAAGUGAAUCAGAUCGCUGCUCUACUGCAGGAUAAACACUUUCAACUCAACACACUGACGUUAAGAUACUGUGAUAUGACAGAUGAAGGUUGUUCUGAUGUGACUUCAGCUCUGAAAUUAAACCUGUCACACCUGAGAGAGCUGGACCUGAGCUGGAAUAAACUAGGAGACUCUGGAGUGAAAAACCUCAGUGAUCUACUGAUGAACCCACAAUUCAAGCUGGAGAAACUACAUCUGAGUUAUUGCAGUAUUACAGAGGAACAGAGUCUCAUCCUGACUUCAGCUCUGAAAUCAAACACGUCACACCUGAGAGAGCUGAACCUGAGUGGGAAUAAACUAGGAAACUCAGGAGUGAAGCACUUAUGUGCCGUACUGAAGGAUUCACACUGUAAACUGGAGAGAUUGAGUCUACAUCGCUGUGGCAUUACAGAUGUUUCUUCUUUAACUCAGUCUUUGACUAACUCAAAAGCUCUGCAGUUUUUAAAAGAGCUUGAUCUGAGAGACAAUAAGAUAAGAGUCUCAAAGCAGCGGCUCAGAGACAAGCUACAAGACUCAAACUGUGUCCUGAGGUGA